AUUGUUUAUUAGCAGACAGCGAUUCUCUCUCUUCUUUGUUCUGUUCUCUUUUGCUUCCAUUUUCCCUCUGAAUUCAAUUCAAGUUAGUUGAAUCCAAAAUCUGCCACAUUCUCUUCUGCGUCUCGAUUCCUUCACUUUCUAUCUUUCAUUUUCCCCGGGAAAAUCAAUGGCUAUGCAUCCUGCGGAGAGCUUCGCCGAAUCCACGAGCUAGGGUUUCUGCCGGAAGAUCAAUUCUCGCCGGGGUUUUGUAGGGGGAGACAUAAUCGCCGGCAACCAUGGCCACCAACUUGCAGAUGAGUCCUCAGGUGGAGCAGAUCCACGGUGAAAUCCGCGACAACUUUCGAGCACUUGCGUAUAAAUGGCUUCCAGAGGCUGGAUAAGAUUAAAGAUUCCAAUAGACAAAGUAAUCAGCUGGAAGAACUCACGGGGAAGAUGAGGGAGUGCAAAAGGUUGAUAAAAGAGUUUGAUCGUGAAAUCAAAGAUGAAGAGAGCAGAAAUCCCCCAGAAGUGAACAAGCAACUCAAUGAUGAAAAACAAUCAAUGAUCAAGGAACUAAACUCAUAUGUGGCAUUGAGAAAAACGUAUAUGAAUACCCUUGGUAAUAAGAAAGUUGAACUCUUUGACAUGGGAGCUGGAACAAGUGAAUCUAUAGCUGAAGAAAAUGUUCAGUUGGCAUCAGAAAUGUCAAAUCAAGAACUUAUCAAUGCUGGGACCAAGACAAUGGAUGAAACUGAUCAGGCUAUUGAAAGAUCUAAGCAGGUUGUACAUCAAACAGUUGAAGUAGGCACCCAAACUGCUGCCACCUUGAAGGGCCAAACUGAACAGAUGGGCCGUAUUGUUAAUGAGCUUGAUUCAAUUCAGUUUUCAAUUAAGAAAGCCUCCCAGCUUGUGAAGGAGAUUGGUAGACAGGUAGCUACUGAUAAGUGCAUCAUGCUUCUUCUGUUGCUUAUCGUCUGCGGUGUAAUUGCCAUUAUUGUCGUGAAGAUUGUGAAUCCCAACAACAAAAAUAUUAGGGAUAUUCCAGGAUUGGCGCCUCCAGCUCCAACCAGGAGGCUUCUGUAUUUAAGGAGUGGAGAACAUUUUGAUUAAUUCUAGAAGAAUUUUUCCCGUCCAAAUCUUACCAACCUGAUUCUUGGUUUUCUUGUAUGAUGGGAAAGUCAGAGGAAUGCUAUGUGGGGGCAUCUUUUGGAUCUCUUCAAUUAAUUUUAAUUAAAAAUUUUCUUGCCUGAGCUGUGCAUAUUCUGUUUGUCGUUCCAUGUAUAUCACACGAGCGCCUUUUACUUUGUUUUGAGUGUCAUAUUUCUUUAUGUAACAUUUCAAAAAUGUUGUAGGGCUAGAAAGAAAAUAAUACUAUACUGUGAGAUCUUUGGUGUACAUGUCCCAUUAUAAGGAGAUUUAUGUUGUUUUUAAUUUUUCUCUUUUUUAUUUGUAAUCUAUGCAUAUAAUUCAA